GAAGGAGGCCUGAGAGCGACAUGUCCCCGGCGGCCGAGGCAGAGCGGCCCGUGGUGCUGUUUUUCUGAGUCCGGGGCGGCCUGGCGGCCGGCUGAGGACGAGGGUCGGCGGAGGCUGCCCCCGCUGUGGUGGCCGCCAUGCUGGGGGCCCGGGCGGUUGAGGGAGCUGCGGUGGCGCUCCUGCGACUGCUACUGCUGCUGCUGCUGCCGGCGCUCCGGGGGCCGGGGCUCGGCGUGGUCGGCUCCGCGGGGGCCGGGCUACCCGAGAGCGUCAUUUGGGCCGUCAACGCGGGCGGCGAGGCGCAUGUGGACGUGCACGGGAUCCACUUCCGCAAGGACCCUUUGGAAGGCCGGGUGGGCCGAGCCUCUGACUACGGUAUGAAACUGCCAAUCCUGCGUUCCAACCCGGAGGACCAGAUCCUGUAUCAAACAGAGCGGUACAAUGAGGAGACUUUUGGCUACGAAGUGCCCAUUAAGGAGGAGGGGGAUUAUGUGCUGGUGUUGAAAUUUGCCGAGGUCUACUUUGCACAGUCCCAGCAGAAGGUAUUUGAUGUGCGAUUGAAUGGCCAUGUUGUGGUGAAGGACUUGGAUAUCUUUGAUCGUGUUGGGCACAGCACAGCUCAUGAUGAAAUCAUCCCUAUGAGCAUCAGAAAGGGGAAGCUGAGUGUCCAAGGGGAGGUGUCCACCUUCACAGGGAAACUCUACAUCGAGUUUGUUAAGGGGUACUAUGACAAUCCCAAAGUUUGUGCACUCUACAUCAUGGCUGGGACAGUGGAUGAUGUACCAAAGCUGCAGCCUCAUCCAGGACUGGAGAAGAAAGAGGAGGAGGAGGAAGAAGAAGAAUACGAUGAAGGGUCUAACCUCAAAAGACAGACCAAUAAGAACCGGGUGCAGUCAGGCCCCCGCACGCCCAACCCCUAUGCCUCGGACAACAGCAGCCUCAUGUUUCCCAUCCUGGUGGCCUUCGGAGUCUUCAUUCCAACCCUCUUCUGCCUCUGCCGGUUGUGAGAACAAAUACCAUCCUGAACUGGGUGGAGGGGUGAGGGAAAGAAACCAAACAUACUCGUUUUGGUUUCUGUAUUUUUCACAGUGAUUAACAAAAAAAACAAACAGACAAAAAUCACACACAAAAAUUAAAGGAGAAAAAAGGAGGCAGAGUGGGUAGAGAGCAGCCCUCAUCCACCACUGGUCCCAGCCCCGCUUCAGUCCUUGUGCUCUCUUUGUGGCUGGCCCCAGCCGUCUCUUUCCUCUCCAGGGUACUUAGGGUAAAGCGGAUCCUACACGUUCAAGGAUCCUCGUCUGCACACCUAGUGGAAAGAACUCUGAACCCAGAGCAGACAUGGUUCCUUUUUUUAGGUUAGAAAUUAACAGCAGGGAAAUGUCAUCUUAUUACCUGAGAAGACCAGCGCUGGGAGUUGGGUAUGUUCCGAAGUGAUGUCCAGAUAAGUUUUCAGAUGUCCUGGGAUUGAAAGUGUGUGUGCUUUGUGUAUGUGUGAAGGUGUAUAAUUUGUAUGAUAAAGAUGAAAACAGGGGGGGAUUAAACAAAAAAAGAAAGAAAAGUAGAUACUUCCUUACUUGGAAGCCUUUCUGGUUUCAGCCUAAUGAUGCUUCCACCUUAAGUGUUUGCGCUUUGUCAUUGCUUGUCUCCCUGACAUGUGCCAGUUAGAGGACUGUCUGGUAUCCAAGACGAAUAGUUUAUGUCAGGUCCUCAAGUUGCCUCUGACUUGUUACCACAACAAAUCAUUUUAAUUUCAGUGCCUGUUGGGGACUUGAUUUCCUCUCAUUUCCCCCCCUUAAUCUGGCUCAUUUGAAAUCCCUUCUCUCUCUCCCAGUCAUCCUGCUAAGUUAUUGCCAAGAAGGGAAGGAGACAUGGGGAUUUGGGGUUCCCUUUGCUUGAAUGUCUUAUUCUCUACCACCUCACCUUGUUGGUACUUCCCUCCCUGGAUCUCUGAGCCAGCAGCCAGGAGGACCUGACCCAGCAGUUCUUUUACUGGCCCCUCUGUAGGGUCUUGCUGCCGGGGGACAGGGAUGCUUUCCAGCCUGCAGCAACACAACACUUGACCUUAAAAGUCUCUUCUGGUCUUUGGAUUAGAAAAGGCUUAUGUUAGCAUAACUUAAGAGCCACCUCAGAGACUUGAGCCCUACUAAGUGACUGACCACUGUUUAGAGUGUCUGUCUAGUGUCUGAUGUUAGUUUUUCCCAUCUUGUGUCUGUGGCACAAGUCAACCAGUUUUGGUUUAUGCCCAGGGCUGCCCCACAGAGCUAGACUGAUGGUAUCUGGCCCGGGGGUGCCUCUCACUGAUCUUAAUAGUAUGCCCCUCUGCCCUUUCAUCUCCCUAUCCAAGUUACAGUUGAGUUCUUGGUGUGACGGGGCUGAAAGAUUUCCAGUCAGCCAUAGUCCUGGCAGCUCUGAAGCCAACCUUAGCAUCUAAGUGUCUGUCUUAAAUUCCCUGGAAAAACUUCUGCAGGAAAUGAAGCUUCCCUGUUCUCUUCCUUUCUGGUCACUGUUAUCCUUUUCCCAGUUAGGGCAGCAAUGAGGGAGGACCCAGCCAAGCUACAAGGAAUUUUGUGGAUGGAAGGCAGCAGGAUUAGCUUCUGCUUGGGCUGGAGCACCAUAGAAUCUCAGACAAAGCUCAUCAUUUUAGAAUGUGUUUAAUUUUGUCUUUUUUUUUUUUAAUGUUUUUAAAGAGCUCCAUAUAUUUGAACUGUUUGUUAUGUGACAAAGUAAGUAGCCUUUGGGCUCAUGUCCUGGGUUUUGACUCUUGAUGAGUUACUCUGGGCCAGCAUUUAGUCCUUUGAGAGUUGGAGCCCUUUAUUUUAGCUGUGACUUAGGCCUCAGUAGUAGGGUAUUGAGUCAGGCAUCUGGAUGGCUGUGGCCUGAGGCCGCAGUAAGAGGAACACUUCUGGAGUGCUUCACAAAGCUCCCUGCUUUAAAGGAUGGCAUCCUAUGGCCUUGAUCCUGGGGACCCCCUGCCUGGGGCAGUGGACAUCCUAUUGACUGAGCUUCUGACAGUGGCUUCGGUUCGUCUUCCAUCAGAAGUCCCCACAGCUGUAGUCCACUGCCAGCGAAGGAGACGAGAUGAGGAAGGAGGAUGUGCUGCCUCCAUUUUGCCUUGUUUGUUAGUUUGCCUGGGUCUCUGAGGAAGGAGGGGUCCCGCCUCCUCACCUCAACCCAUCCCUUCAGUGACUCAGAGUCUCAGAAGGAAACCCUGGCUCCUGGGGCCAUUUCCUAAUGGUACUGUAAGCCAAGCAGCUUUGCUUCCAAGCCCACUCCUGUUUCCAAGCCCACUUCUUUCCCCUGAGCUCAGGGAUAGGGAUGGGCAUUUUCCUCUGCUUGUGUCCGAAAGGAAGGAAUAUCUUUCUAUGGCUCACAAAAACUAAAGGAGAAGUGAGGAAACAGGAAGAAGUAUGGUGGGGGCCUGGGUAGAGUCCCCUGGAGCCAAGCCCACCCAGCUAACAGAGCUGCCCAGGGCCAGUCACAGCUGGCCCAGGAUGCUGAACUUGAAAGCUUGUUUUUUGUUUUGUUUUUUUUUUUGUUUUUGGCUCCUCCAAGAUGAUAUAGGUACAUGAAGUUUAGGUUAAAGGGGUGGGGUGGGGCACUCUGUAUUUUUAUUUUUGUAUUGUGUGUGUCACGAAUUACUCUGUUCAUCGUUUGCUUUUUGCACUGUGUGUUCCCCUGCCUAUAUUUUGAGCUAGUGCGAGGACCAGGCAGCCACGCUGCUGGGAGACUGGGGUUGGGGAGGUGAUGAGGGAUGCCACUGAGGCCUGGGGAAAGGGAUAUCUGGGCACUUCUACUGGAUCCAUGCUCCCCUAGGUUUUUAGAUUUCCCUGACCCCAGCUGGCCAAAGCCAAGAACAGAUGGCCAAGAUGAAACUCCUUUUUUGGUUCAGUUUCUGGGUAGACCACACAAAGACGUCUGCUGGGGAUGGGCUGAGAAUCUGCAGCCUAGCUCUGAUUUGGGUCAGGGGCCAGGUGGCCGUUGUGGGUUUUACUCACGCUGACUGAAAUGUUGUGCCAGGAAAUAAUCUGUGGGACCCAUGUCCCCUAAACCAGGUCCAUUUUCCCAUAAAGUCUCCGCUAUGGAGGAGAAGCUGCUCAGUGGAUAUCUUGAAUUCUGGUGACUUGAAAGAUGGUUCUCUUCACAUGUCAGUGGGGUCAGACUCCCGGGGGGGGUCAUAGGGCCUACAGGGCCACCGGCUGGUUUGAGAGUGUGACCUUGUUCUCUUUUUCCCACUGUUUGCCUAAGAGAUACUGGCCUGAAAUUGGGGGAUCACAUUAGAGGUCAAUUAGACUUUGAAGAGAUGAGGUGAAGUUUAGGUUUACCUCCCCCCCUUUCUGUGCCUGGAAACUGUUUAAUCCAGUUUCAGAAUUGUGUUUUGACUUCUUUAUCUUUUUGGAGAAGCUUCUGUUUUAAGGAAUUUCUCUUCCUUUUUAUCCUGCCUCUACUUUCUCCUGAGAAGGCCUGGCCAUGGCUUCUAGAAUCUCAUUUGAACUUCAGAAAACAGCAGGAGGUAUACUCCUUUCUCUAGAAAUUGGCUCACCUUGGGAAGCCUAGGGAAAGAGUCCACAGGUUCUCUACCCUCCCUGGAGAUUGGGGCAGGACCCACCCCCGGUCAGCACAGUGCCUUUUCCUCUCCUGCUCUGAGCCAGGGUGGGCAUUCCCUCUAGAUUCAGGUCUGGGCAGGGGUCUUUCAGUCCCUGCCAUGGGGCUGCUUCCCCAUCCCUCUCUCCCCUUCCCCUUUGCUGGCCGGCUCUCACCUAAUUCAAGUGUCUUCUUGCCUCAAGGAGCCUUAAUGGCAUCAAGUGGCAACAUGUCAUAUUGUCCUCCAUGCCUCUCCAAAGGGCCUAGGAGAGCAGGUGAGCUUUCCAAACUGAGAGACUAACAGAUG